AUGGAAUUCGACGACGACAUGGUUUGUGGCGGGUCGGCGCCCCCGCCGUCGUCUCGCUCUAACAGUAGGCCGCCACCUCGUGCUCGGUGCCAACCUCCGCAGGAGUCAGUGAAGCAAUUUUGGGAGCAGUUUAACACCAAGUAUCCUGGCAAGGUGUAUACAGUGCUGCCAGAUAACCCCUAUGCGCGCACGCGAGCCAAGAGGGUCCCCAACGGAGUGAUUCAGGGACAUGAGGCCGUCAAGUCAUACGAGCAGGCACGGCACGAGUGUCAGACAUCUGUGGAUCGCAUUGUCAAGGAGUGCCGACGAGUAAACCAAAAGUAUACCGAUCCACACUUUGAUAUCGAGUUGGAUCUCAAGUCCAACCGAAGACAUUAUCUGGACGAGUUAGACAAGGUCAAUGACUUCAUGAAACCUCGCGGCGUUAAGAGAGUAACGGAAAUAUUCGAGAAUCCUCAAUUUUAUGUGAACGGACCAACGGCCUCAGAUGUGCGCCAAGGCUAUGAUGGCGAUUGCUGGCUGAUGGCAGCACUCUGUACGAUGGGAAACAAGGCCGGCCUCAUCGAAAAGAUCUGUGUCGCCCGUGAUGAAAAGGUCGGCAUCUAUGGCUUCGUGUUCUAUCGCGAUGGUGAAUGGCAGCAGUGCAUUGUAGAUGAUAAAUUGUACCUCCGUGCCGCUAAUUAUGAUGAGUCGGUCGAGGAGCGCAUGACUUGGGACGAUAUCAAUCGCAAUGACACCGAAGAAGAGUACCGCCGCGUAUGGCAGACCGGAUCGCGAGCACUGUACUUUGCACAAUGCGUGGAUCCCAACGAGACGUGGCUUCCAUUACUGGAAAAGGCGUUUGCCAAAGCUCACGGCGACUAUUCUGCCAUUGAGGGGGGGUUUGUUGGCGAAGCCAUUGAAGAUCUGACGGGCGGUGUCACAUCCGAGGUGCUGUCUAGCAAUAUCUUAGACAAGGAUCGCUUCUGGAAGGACGAGCUCAUGAAAGUCAACGAGGAAUUCUUGUUUGGCUGUGGCACUGGUCUCUUCUCCAACUGGUUAGAUCUCAAGGCCCCGGUUCGAGACCGAAAGGGCAUCUCGGAGAACCACUCUUACUCAAUCAUGGAAGCUCGGGAAGUCAAGGGAAAACGUCUGCUUCGAUUGAGAAACCCCUGGGGUAAGAGAGAAUGGCGGGGUGCCUGGGGUGACGGGUCGAAGGAGUGGACGGUAGAGUGGAUGGAGCUGCUGGGUCACAAGUUCGGCGACGACGGGUUCUUCUGGAUUUCCUACGAUGACCUAUUAAAGAACUACCAACAUUUCGACCGGACUCGUCUGUUUGGCAAUGAAUGGACCAUUACCCAACAGUGGACGACCUUGAAUGUGCCCUGGUCUGCCGAUUACCACAGUGCCAAGUUUAUUAUGAAUGUUACCAAGCCUGGCCCGACUGUCAUUAUUUUAUCACAGCUUGAUCACCGCUAUUUCAAAGGUCUGGUUGGCGAGUACAAAUUUGUGCUCAAGUUCCGAGUCCAGAAAGAGGGCGAAGAAGACUAUAUGGUGCGCAGCCACAGCAGCCACUUCAUGAGUCGGUCCGUGAAUGCUGAGAUCGACCUCGACCCGGGCCGUUAUCACGUCUUGAUGAAAAUCACCGCUUUCCGCGAAGACAAGGAGUCGACUGAGGAGACCGUUCGCCGCCUGGCAGCAACCAGGCGUGAGAAGCUUGUUCAGGUCGGGCUUUCAUACGAUUUAGCACAUGCCAAGGGUCUCAUUGCAGAGACAGAGCAGGAAAGAUGCGAGCAGGAAAGACGCAAGGCCGCUGAACGGAAGAAGCUACGGGACGAGACUAAAUGCAGGUUGCAGAAAGAAUGGAUUCGAGAGCGCAAGCUGGCUGCUCGACAGCAGCGCCAGGCUGUCCACCGGCAAGGAAAAAUGCCCAAUGGCAGAGUUUACGAGCGAAGCCCUGAGCGUAGUCCCGUUUCCAUGCAGAUAUUGAAUGACAGCAAAGCAACCCAAUCACCCACCGAGGUUUGCAGCCUCUCUAGUGAUACGAGUGACCGAAAACCCACAGCCAAUGGCCAGGUCCCAACCAUUCAGUUCAAUGGAAUCCACGCCAGAAACUCCAGCAGCUCUACAACCGGCUCUACCUAUCGACGGACUGAGUCCCCACGUCCGAGUCUGAAUACUCGCCUGGCUACGGGGGCUCUGGACAUCAGUGAUCUGGAGUUGCUGGACGGGUUCGAAUUCGAUAGUGACCUAGACAUGCCCCCUGAUGAGGCUGAUCAUAAGAACCAGAGACCAUUUUCCGACCUGGAGGGGCCUGCAGACGACCCCUGGAAUGCGGUGUGUGUUGUUGGGCUUCGAGUUUAUUCUAAAGAUCCCAAGCUCAGCUUGCAGGUGAUGCACCCCCUGCCAGACGACGACACAGAGGCUGCUCUUGAUCGAGAUGAUCCUGCGGCUUCGGCGACACUUGAGAAAAGCUUUUGGAGCAGUCAUAUUUAG